AUGAGUGCGGCAAUAUUGAAUGAAAUUGAAGAGACACGUCGGCUAGUGGAUGAGUACUACUUCAGGCACAUCACCCAACUACAUGCCGCUCGCAGUACCUUCACGCAGCAAUUUGAUCAGCUGGCAAGCCUGCUUAAUGCCGGCGCGAGCUCCCGUCACGAGGAGACUGGCCCUGUCAUGAUUGACGCGUUGCUAACGACGCCAAGUCGACCAAAUUAUGUUAACGAUGAAGCGAUGUUGGCAUCGCCGUCAAUGGCCUCGCCGCCAGUGAACCGUGCGACACUCAACUAUGAUCACCUCCUCACUGAAGUGAGCGGGGAUAAUUCGGUGGCGUGGCAGAACUGCCCGGGCGCUGAGUCGGAGGCCGAUUCACGCAAGCGGCCAACGCUGGACUCCAUUCCGGAGGAAAGGCGUAGUCGCUCACCACCGAAGGAUCGUUCUGUGCCGUGUCAGGUGCUUGUGGUAUUCAAGCGCAAGCGCAUUCUUCAGUUUGAAUCCCAGACGUACGUUGCUCCCGGCGAGUACGUUGUCGUCGGUGGUGAUCGUGGGGAGGACAUUGGGCUCGUCACGCAUUCAUGGACGCUUGGCGAACGGGACCACAACGGUGAGAAGAAAUGGGGGGAAGGCGUGGGCCGAGUGCUUCGUGUGGCCAGCGCGUUGGAGGUCUCGCAGCUGCAAGGUGUUCAGACGGAGCUGGAGGAGCGGGCGGUGGAGGUGGCGCAGAAGAAGGUGGAGGAGCACGGCCUUCCGAUGUGCAUCGUCGAUGCCGAAUACCAGUUUGACAGAAAGAAGCUCACAUUCUACUACCGAUCGCAGCAUCGAUUGGACUUUAGGACACUUGUACGGGAUUUGUACAAGACUUUUCGUGCCCGCAUUUGGAUGGAAGCGGAUGUUCCUUCGUAG